GCUAGCUAGCUAGCUAACACUGGCUAACAUCAGCUGUUUUUACACAACUUGGCACUUAUACGCGAACACACAUACCCCUAAUGUUUGUUGCUUCACAGAUGAACAUUUCAUUAUACCGAAACACUUUUAGAGCUUUUACGUGAUUACUAUUAUACAUUCUCAUUUGGUACACCUUGUAUAUGUCGAUAAAGCUGCUAAGGAUAACGAUGCUUUGUGGUUAAGAGGACUUACCAUACCAAACCUAAUACCAAACUGCAGUAUUGUAGUGUAUAUAUAUCAAUAGUAAUGUUCUCAUUAUUGCAUUUGCUUUGCUCUGUCGUCUCAGUUAUCUAACAACCUGCAACAACAACAAAAAUCACUGUUUUCCACAUUUAAUACAUUCAACAGUGACAUUUAAAGUACUUUUAGUUCGUUACAAGUUAUAUUAAUAUUCAUAAACAUACAUAUGCAUUAUACUAUAUUGGGCACUUGAACUCAGUGUCACCAAGUGUGUUUCCCCCCCAUCAGUAAUCUACAAGCUACAAGCAAUAUUCAGUAAUGCAAUAACACAAGCUGAAAGUUCUACAUCUUGGUAUUGCUACAUGUGCAGCAGCAACUCCACAAAGAGCUGAUUAGCAUCUAUACACAACCAUCCCUAUUCGGGAUGUAAUUAGGUCAUGCAUGCAGCCUGGCCUCUAACCUGCACUUUUUACAAAACAGCUAGAGAGCCAUUGUGCUUCUAGUAGGUGCAGGCUCUUUCUUCAUCUAGCCUCCAUUCUUCCCCACUGCCUCCAACAGCCGAGAGUUCCCUAUGUUAACUCUGUUGAGUAUGUUUUACUAUAUCUGUCUGCGGCGACGCUCCAGGAGUGGAACUCGUGGUGAGGCACUGACCAGUCGGCGAGCAGUGGAGUCUGGCCAACGGGCGAUAUUGCCUGUCAGUGUGGAAGUGGAGCAGUACACCAAGGAGGUUUUGGACUUCAGCUCUCAUUAUGGCAGUGAGAAUAGUAUGUCCUACACUAUGUGGAACCUGGCUGGUGUGCCUAAUGUCUACCCCAGCUCUGGGGAUUUUACACAGACUGCUGUGUUCAGAACUUAUGGAACAUGGUGGGAACAAUGUGCCAGCGCUCCGCCACGUUUCCGGCGCACCCCUAAAGGUUUCUACAGCCAGGAUUAUAUUGAGCUGGGCUUCGAAGAGCCUGUUUACCCUACAGCUGUGGAGGUGCUUGAGACUUACUAUCCUGGGGCCAUUGUUCAGAUUCUAGCCUGCUCGCAUAACCCCUUUUCCCAAAAUCCACCCACGGAUGUCAGGUGGGAGGUGUUGUGGUCAGGGGAGCCCACUAAGGUGCUGGCACCACAGGCUCGCCAGUUUUCACCUAACAUCAAGCACAUCAGUUUUCCCACCAACCUGCUACGCCUGGAGGUCAACAGCUCUCUUCUGGAUUACUACACUGAGCUGGAUGCAGUAAUCCUACGCGGUGUGAAAGAGAGGCCCAUGCUUGCCCUGUACAAAAUGCCUGUCAUUGACAUCAUUGACCUGAGUGACAGCGAGGAGGACCUGUCUGAUUUCGGAGGUCCGUUCAGACAGGGUCCAGAUCGCAGGACAGGCAACGGCUACUUUGACAAACUACCCUACGAGCUCAUUCAGCUGAUACUGAGCCACCUGACCUUGCCAGACCUGUGCCGUCUGGCCCAGAGCUGUAAGAUGCUGCACCAGCAGUGUUGUGACCCACUACAGUACACCCAGCUGAGUUUGCAGCCCUACUGGGCCAGACUGAGUGACACCUCCUUGGGACACCUGCAGAGCCGCUGCACACGCCUCCAGAGGCUCAACCUUUCUUGGACUGGCAACCGUGGAGCUCUCACCCUGAAUAGCUUCAGCAGUUUCAUGAAGGUCUGUGGGCUCAGUCUGGUGCGUCUGGAGCUGUCUUGCUGCCACUUCUUGAAUGAGGCCUGUUUGGAGAUCCUCGCCCAGACUUGUCCAGGACUGCAGGAACUAAACCUGGCCUCCUGCGACCGCCUUCCCCCACAGGCCUUCACACACAUUUCCAAACUUACACGCCUCCGCAGACUGGUGCUUUAUCGUACCAAGAUUGAGCAAACAGCUAUUCUUAGCAUCCUGACUUUCUGCAUUGAGUUGAAACACCUGAACCUCGGGAGCUGUGUCAGGAUUGAAGACUAUGAUGUUGUGGCCAGUAUGCUGGCUACUCGGUGCCGCUCACUAUGUUCACUGGACUUGUGGCGCUGCAGAAACCUGACAGAUCGUGGCCUGAAUGAGCUUGUCUCUGGCUGCAGAAUGUUAGAGGAGCUGGAAUUGGGCUGGUGUCUCACACUGCAGAGCAGCACUGGAUGUUUCCAACAUCUCGCCCGCAGCUUACCACGUUUACGAAAGCUCUUCCUCACUGCCAACCGAACAGUCCGUGACUCGGACGUCGAGGAGUUGGCUUCCAACUGCCCCUUGCUACAACAUCUGGACAUACUGGGUACACGGCUUGUGAGUGCUGCCUCGUUGAAGAAGCUCCUCCAGUCGUGUCCACAGCUGCUCCUCCUGGAUGUUUCCUUCUGCUCGCAGAUAGACACAAGGAUAGCCCAAGAGCUAUCGAGCCUCUUCCCCAGUGUAGCCAUCAAAAGGAGUUUCACGCACUGACCGCAGCAUGGUCUCAUUUCGCACUGCAUUCAGGAAGCUGGUGGAGGCAAAGUGGUGCACAGCAGAAGAUGGAGAGAUGCUUCAGUAUCUUAUAUUAGUGGUCAGUAAAUAAGGCAGUCAAACUGAGGAUGCAGUAGAACAAAAAGAAACAACCACAAACUGCCAACCAGAGGGCGAUAUAAUGUGAGACGGAAUUAUUGUUGGACACUGCAGUGAAGAAACUGCAUCUCUGUAGAGUAUGAAAUGCCACUUCUGAAUAGGCCAACAACACAUGGCUACAUGCCUUUGACUUACAAAAUGACUCAAGGCAAAAGAAAAUAAGACAAAUGUGAAGCUCAACCUUGGUUACAAAGUGCUGGGAAAGUAGCAAAAGGACUUUGUGUCUAGUGACCUCCAUCUUGUAUGAUGAAUGAUCAGGUCUUUGGUCAGUGCCUUCUCAGAGUGACCAUUAGACCAGCACUAUAUGUGCAAGUAUCAUAGACUACUCCAUUUUGAUGGCAAUAUGUAUAAUGCGCACCCAUGACUUUCUAUCCAUGGAUAUAUUUAUAUGCAAUAAAUGUUAGUGGGGUCCCCUCUUAAAUCAUUUUUCAGUCAGUAUUAUUAUUAAUACUAAGGUUUGCUUGUUCAUCAGUAACUUAUGUAUUAGUGUGGCGCACCCUUGUGUUUAGUUUUAACACUGUGGCUUUGCGGAGGUAUUUUCCAUCUCUUACGUGAUCACUGGCACGUCAGCCGGUUUGCACAAGGUACUGAAAGCUUGAGAGGUUAUGUGCUCAGGUAACACGUUCACUCCGAGUGCAAGAUAAUAAAAAAAAAAUAGUUAAGACACAACAAAAUCUGCAGAGGGUGGAUAAACACGCAUAAGCUCUAUCAACAUUCACAUUAUUGCAACAAUUUAUGGUAUUAGGGGACUAGCUGACUUAAAACAGCCUUUUAACAACUAUACAACGGCGCUAGGCACGCUCGGAAAUCUUCUGAUAGCGAGCCGCCAUGUUUUUUAUAAUGGGGUCAUUGUUGACGUCAUCGCGGCGGCUUGCUGUCAGGAUUUCCAAGUGUGACUCACGCCAUUAUAUAGUUGUUAAAAUGCUAUUUAAGUCAUUCAGUCCCCUAAUCCCAUAAAUAGUUGUAAUAAUGUGAAUCCCAAUCGAGAUUAUAUGUGUUUAUUCCCCCUCUACAAUUUUUUAAAAUUAAUACAGUAAUACCUUACUAAAAAACUAGUAAACCUUAGUCUUAUAAUACUUCAGUGUCAAAACUAUACACUAGGUUGCAUCACAACCUCAAUACUUACACACAAUAAAGGAGUGGAUAAAUUAACGUUUUAAAUGUGAACCUCAAUAUGAUGUAAACUUAAGUUAUAAGUCAUAUUUAAAACUAAUUGAUGGCUUUUCUAAAACAUAUCUACUCAUAUACCUCAUUUCACUGUGAAGGAAUUUUCUUUGACUUUACCUGUCUAUCAUGCGCUAUUGACUUUUCAAGAUUUUUUUGGGGAGGGGGGGGGAAAUUUGCAUUAUACAUGAGAAAUUACACUAAACCCACAAUUCUUACAUAUACAUAGUAUACAUUGUAUAUACCACCACCAAUCCAUCCAUCCAUCCAUUUUCUGUACUGCUUAUCCUCACUAGGGUCGCAGGCGUGCUGGAGCCUAUCCCAGCUAUCAUCGGGCGAGAGGCGGAGUACACCCUGAACUGGUCGCCAGCCAAUCGCAGGGCACAUAUAAACAAACAACCAUUUGCACUCACAUUCACACCUACGGCUAAUUUAGAGUCUUCAAUUAACCUACCAUGCAUGUUUUUGCGAUGUGGGAGGAAACCGGAGUACCUGGAGAAAACCCACGCAGGCACGGGGAGAACAUGCGAACUCCACAAUGGCGAGGCCGGCAUUUGAACCCCAGUCCUCAGAACUGUGAGGCAGAUGUGCUAACCAGUCGUCCGCCGUCACCACCAAUCCAAACAUGGUAUUCUGUUUAAUAUUGCAUCUGUGGAGUAAGAAUUAAACAGAAUAAUUAAUCAAUUUCCACCAAUCUCAGAUGGCUGUCAUUUUAGGCAAUAUCACCCUCUGCUGGCACUCGAAAUUCACGUCACAAUUAGCCUCGCAAACCCGGAAAACAGGCUAGCAGACUCCCUUUGUAUGCUGUCGGUUGAUGACAUGGUAGUUUGAACAUGAACAAAUAUGUUGUUCUAAUUAACUGUCGUCAACUGGCAGCAUAUACAGGUCUCAUUUGGUUGCGUGACAUAGGGUAGUUGUGACGUUAAUUUCGGUUACCAGCAGAGGGUGAUAUUGGCCAAAAUGGCAGCUCCCUUAGAUUGAUAAGCAUUCGGUUUAAUUCUUAUUCAUGUAAUGCAAUAUGAACCACAAUACCGUGUUUUGAUUAGUGGUGGCACAUACAACUAGGACUACAACUAACGAUUUUUUUUUUGUUCGAUUAAUCUUUUUUUUUUUUCAGAUUUAAAAAAACAAAAGACAAAACCCCCCCCACCCCCAAAAAAACAGGACAUCAUUUCAAAUUGACUGUGCAGAAAAUGCACAAACAUAAAUUGAUUAGGAUUCAGUUACCAGUUUUGUCUGUAACAUGAGAAAAUAGGCAAAAAAGUUGAUAAUUGUUUUCCAAAGUAAAAGAUUUUUUUUUUUAAUGAAACACAAGAUAAUCAGUAUCAUUUAUUAUUCUAAUAAUAUAAUUAUUAAUAUUUACUGUUGAGAGGCUGAAAUUCAGAGGAUUUGGACAAUCAAGUUAAACAAGGUCUCUAAACGACUAAUCGAUUAUCAAAAAUCAUUAUCGAUUAACUCAAUAAUCAGUUUGUUGUCAAUUAAUCGUUGCACUUCAACAUACAAUAUAUUGCAAAAAAAAAAAAAGUGGGUUUUCUUCCCCUUUAAUGUGACCUAUGACAUGUACAACUCAAUUGAAAAACAAACUGAAUCUUUUCAGGGGAAAAACACAAUAACCUGGUUGCAUGUGGUAUUAGUGGGGCACAACUGGAUGUUAUUGGUCUUUUGUUGAUUCGAGAUAACGUUCCUCUUCACGGCCAGCUUUCUAGCAAAACCUGACUGUUCUGUGCUAAGUACAGACUGCUAUUUGGAACUGUUCAUAAUUCCCUCCAACUUGAAUAAGGCCCCCAGAUCCAGCUCCCCAAGAAAAACAGCCUGAAAGCAUGAUUCUGUCAACACCAUGCUUCACUGUAGGUAAGGUGUUCUUUUGGUGAGGAACAGUGCUCUGUUUCAAGUGUGUUUUUGCAAAAUGUAGCUGGGCCUGGAAUGUUUUUCUUUGUAAGAUAGGGCUUCAGUCUUGCCACUCUACCCCUUCGCCCAGACAUACAGUAUGAAGAAGAUGGGAGAUUGUUGUCACAUGUACUAAAGAGCCAGUACUUGCCAGAAAUUCCUGAAGCUCCUCUUAUGUUGCAGUUGGCCUCCGUGACCAAUUUGCUUCUCCUUUUUCCAACAAUUUUGGAGGGACGUCCAGUUCUUCGUAGUGUCACUGUUGUGCCAUAUUUUCUCCACUUGAUGAUGUCUGUCUUUACUGUGUUACAUAGUAUAUUUAAUACCUUGUAAAUUCUUUUGUACCCUUCUCCUGACUGAUACAUUUGAACAGUGAGAGUUUUCUGAUGCUGUGGAAGCUUUCUGCGAACCAUUGCUGUAAGAUGUGACAACCAAGAUGUAAGGAAAACCCUACUAGAACAUCUGAACUUUAUUUGAGGUUAAUCAGUGACACUUUGAAUGAUACUAGGUGGGUGCUGACUUCAUUUAACAUGAAGUCUCCUAAACCAUCACUUUUCAGGAAACCAAAGGAACAGCAUGUUUGUUGAGCGUCAAAGAGAGCAAGCCAUUUUGUCAAUUUUUUAAAAUAACAGAUCCACUUGGGGACAGAGCAACAGUAUAGAUUUGUGAAAAAAUAUGAAAUUGACCAAAUCUGGACAUAAGAGGCUUCGACCUGAUCCCAGCCAUGAGUUUGAAUGUGAUUGGUUUCAUUCUGAAAACAGCCACAUGCCCAUUCAUAGAAGGAUGUGCACACUUGUGCAACCACACUAGCUCAGUGUAAAAUACUUUAUUUUUAUUUUUUGCAAUUGAGUUGUAAAGGUUAUAGGUCAAUGAUGGAAGUUCUACAAUGAUGACUCUUUUUUAAUAUCACAAAAACAUGGCUUUUUAACAGGGUGUGUAGACUUUUAUGUGCACUGUAUAUAUGUAUUCAAAUUACUUGUAAAUGGGAAUGUGGAGGAAAGGAUGCCAUAUUUUACUUCGGACUGCGGUCAGUUAAAAUAUAAAUGCAGACAUCAUCAUCUUAUCGUGUUGCUGCAAAGAUCUGCUCCUUUAAACAUUUCAGCUUUAAAAAAAACUGAGAAAACAUUUUAUUUCAGAAGUUGUACAAUGACAUCAUCCAAGCAACACCAAAUGUAUUUAUUUUUUUCAAAUGACAGACUAGCAAUUAAAGAAAACUGCGGCGUUUGAUCACUCUAAACGAGUCAACCUUGUGUUAAAGGAAGUCUGCAUGAUAAAUUUAAGUGGCCAAUAAAUGAAGAAAUUUGAAUAGUUGGCAUAUUUCUAGUAUUUUAUUUUCAUCCAAUUUCAUUUGAAAUGAAACAAAGUGAACAAAUAGCAUUCAUUAUCUGUUGCGAACAGUACAAAUCGAAAUUAUUGCAAACAAAAAACUGUAGGAAUUUGCGCUAACAACUAUUUGUUUUCCACUCAUAGAAAAAUCAUUUCUGUUCAGAUGGUCUGAUCCACUUUAUAAUUUAAAAACAUCACUUAAAUAUGAGCCCACCUAUUCAUCUGCUUUGAUUGUGUCCCUGCACAUUCCCAAAGACACUUAAGCACAGCAUCAGUCAAAACAGGGGGAUUAUUAAAGUAACUAGAACCAAUUUUCCUCAAGAUGACACAAGAUUUUUCUGUUGCCCUACGUUCUGAGCCACUAGUCACUGCUGUUUGACCAUUUAGUUGCUUAGCAACCAAAGAGGAGUUACACUUUACAGAUUUCAUCCUAAAAUGACGCUGUGCGAAUACUGUUUUGACCACUAGUAUUUGUUGUGAAGCUCAGGGGUUCGUCUUGUUUUGCUUUUUGUACUGAGUUUGCCACAUUCCAACAAGCAUACUACCCAAUGUGUUAUGUUGAUAAAUUAGCUUUUAUUAGAACUGUAAUUUAUCAAAUUGCACAUCUUGGAAUUUUUAAAAUGGUGUCAUCAAAUCCCCAUUCAUCAAUUAUAUUUCAUCAGAUAUUUCAUGUUUAUAACAAUGUAUACAAUUUUCAGACGCUCAGUGUCAAACCUUUGGGCAUUGUUGUUCCGCGAUACGUUUUUCCGAAAUUGACAGAAUUGAAAGCCCUGUUUAUUUAUACAUUAAAGUCACUAUCACUUUUUUGUGUUGUGCAUAAGAUGUCGGUACGAGAUGAAUUGUAUACUGUAUAUUUGUGCCUUAUAUUCUUGCUUGAAUUUUGUGUGACAUUGUGUUUUAGUUUGUUUUGUUUGAUUAGUUGUACCACCACCAAAGUCAUAUGGAGUUACUUUCACAACUCAACUUGUUUAUAUGCCACAUGCUAUAUAUCAACCAUAUCAGUUUUUUAUGCAAAAUACUGUAUUUCUUUUUAUUUCUUUAUUUGGGGAAGGCUUUUGUUUUAGCUGCACAAUUUCUGAAUUGUUAUCUGCUGAAAUACAAAUUUUGUGGAAGACCGGGUUUGUUUUUUGUUAUAUUACAUAUGAUUUGUGAUUUAAAAGACUUACCCAAGUGAAACUGCAGGACACAAAUUACGUUUAAAAUAACAAUGUACAAAUACAACAAGUUGAGAUUCAGGAUGCCAGUGACACCAUCACAUGUAUCCAAGUAAUUCGGUUAUUGUUUGCAAAUAGGCUACUCUUCAUCACGCUAAAACGUCAACAUUACAAAGUUUCUACUUCUAAACAAAUAGUGGUUUUGCAGAUGACGACCACAUACUUUACUCCCUUCUUAAGUUUAGUCUUUGGUGGUUGAUACACACGAAUUUACACCAGCCAAUCAUUGGCUGUUCUUGAUGUUGCAAAUAAUGUAUUGCAUUGUAAUUAUGGGUUUUAUUAAAAAAAAAAAAAAAAAAACUUACAUGGGCUAGUUCUUUUAAAUCUCAUGCAUGCAUUAUUUUUCUGUGUUUCAGGUUGAGUUUCCAAUGGAUUGACACUCGUGUGCAUCAGCUUAUCCUCAUUUUACUCUUAUAUCGCUCUAUACAUUUGUUCAUGUUCUCCUAAAUCUAUAUUCAAAGUAUGCACUAUGUGUAUCUGUACAUCAUAAAUCUAAAGAAGAACAAUAUAAUUUGUAACGCAACGACGUAUGGCUAGCAUUAUUUAAGGUACUCUGUUCUGUUUAAAAUGUCAAAUUAUGAAAACUAUCCCUCCAUUUUCUGUACCGCCUAUCCUCACUAGGGUCGCAGGCAUGCUGGACCCUAUCCCAGCUAUCUUCGGGCACGGGGAGAACAUGCAAACUCCACACAGGCAGGGCAGGGGUUUGAACCCUAGUCCUCAGAACUGUGAGGCAGAUGUGCUAACCAUCACACCAUACCGUACCAUCAUUUUUGUCGGUUUUUAAUUCAGAAGUAAUGUCUAAUUUUCAUUGGUUUUCAGGCAUCACGGUAGUCGGCUGGUUAGCGCGUCAGCCUCACAGUUCUGAGGACCCGGGUUCAAUCCCCGGCCCCGCCUGUGUGGAGUUUGCAUGUUCUCCCCGUGCCUGCAUGGGUUUUCUCCGGGCACUCCGGUUUCCUCCCACAUCCCAAAAACAUGCAUUAAUCGGAGACUCUAAAUUGCCCGUAGGUGUGAAUGUGAGUGCGGAUGGUUGUUUGUUUGUAUGUGCCCUGCGAUUGGCUGGCAACCAGUUCAGGGUGUACCCCGCCUCCUGCCCGAUGAUAGCUGGGAUAGGCUCCGGCAUGCCCGCGACCCUAGUGAGGAGAAGCGGCUCAGAAAAUGGAUGGAUGGAUGGAUGGAUGGAUGUCUUCCUUGGUCCUCUCCUACGAAGUCCACUUUGGCUCAAACAACCUGAAACUAUUGUCGGAAAUGUUUCCUUUUUUUAAUUAUUUUUUAUUUUUUUACGGUUUUGUUUCGGCAGUGGGCAAAUGUAUUGGAAAUAUUAUGUUAAUGCUCAAAUGUCACAUAAUUUACUGCCAGCGAGCCAGAAUUUCUAAAAAGCUAACGUGCGUCAUUUACAGGCACUUUGAAAAAAGCCUAAAAAUGUUCUUACCUAUAAAAGGUUAUUCUCAGUUCAGGGUUCCCCUGUUGUGAUUGUACGACCUAUGUGCAAACACAGCACAAAGUACAGGCAUCCUUGUCAUUUUGCCGUAGGCACGCGGCUGAAAGGGCAGGGUUGGUUCUACGAUGUCUAUGCGCUUGACUCACUCCCGUUUUUUUUCAGCUUAGUUUUUGCGCCGCGUCGUCGCUAACUAGGUUUUAAAAGUAACAAGCUUAUUUUUAAAAUGUAAGGAGUAGAAAGUACACAUACUUGUGUUUAAAAAGCAAGGAGUCAAAGUAAAAAGUCGCCAGAAAAAUAAAUACUUAAAAUACAGAUACGUGAAAAAUCGACUUUAGUACAGUAACCAAGUACAAGUACUUCGUUACUUGCCACCUCUGGUUUGCUAGGGGUACCAUCAUUUUUUUCCAGGCCCGUUUUUGUGUGUGUGUGUGUGUGUGCGUGUGUUUUUCAAAAAUAAUUCUGUUGUACCACAAUUCAAAAACAAUGUCUGAUUUUCAUUGGUUAAUUUUCAUUACAUUUUUAUUUAUUAUUACUUUGGUCAGAUUCAAGUUAUUUCUGUGACCACUGUGUUUUUUAAAGAGAGGGUACCAACAAUUAUAUGAACCUUGACUAUGUAUAUGAUUUUUUUCCCGAUUGCUUAAUAUGCCUUUUGGAUGAAAACUAACGCAAGUGCAUCUUCGUGUCUUCAACAUUCCUUUUUUGUUGUUGUUGUUUUUUUUUGUGGGGGGCUGCUUCUUUUACAAACGGUCUUCAGAGUUCCUUAUUUUUUAUAUAUAUAUUUUUCAUAUUUAUUUUACGAACUGACCUUCAUUGCCACUGAAGCUGCCACUGGAAAGAGUCUCAUUAUGUUGUUGCAAAACACCAGAGGAAUCUGAGCUGGAGUGCCAGGAUGAGGCAGCCAUUUUGCAUUCACACAAUAGCAGACAUCAAAAUAAAUGGUGUUAUUUCUGAGA